GAUGUUAAAUGCGAUUCAUCUUCGAUGAGCGAGAGAAAUAAAGAAUUUUGCGAUCAUUCAUGGUCCAAUGGGUACCAUUUUGGAGCACUAUCGUGUGCUGCUUGUAGUGCAUUUUUUCGUCGAUCUGUGUCAGAAUGUCGUAAAUACUUUUGUCAAAACGCUGAUGCCAGAUGUUUUUGUCGUGCAUGUCGUUUGAAAAAAUGUCUCGAACAGGGAAUGGAUCCCAAUUGUAAAUUGAAAUUUAUUUAA